AUGAACACUGAACAAGUAUCAAAAGAAAUAAAAGCUAGACUAAAUAAAAUAAGCAAUCUUUUAAGAGAAAUCGAGGAUAUUUUGUGCAAAGCUAAAAGUGACGUACAAUCAGAAUGUAACUAUUCAUACAUUUGUGUUUGCGAAAAACAAUCAAUACCUGAACUAAUAGAAACACUAUCCAAUCAUAGCAAAAAUGACGGUAGUAGAAAAUGCGGGAAAAUGCAACAAUUGCAUAUGUCAUGUACCGAAAAACAUACAAAAUGUAAAGGCACAGGUGGAGACAAAAUUUCUUUUGAUGUAAAUGACAUCAAAACAUGCUGUAGUAGAAAUAAUAAUCAAAAUCAUGAAAAAAAUAACCCCAACGAUUUAUGCUACAAUAAUAUAUCUAACAAGAAAAUWGAUAAUAAGCGAUAUAACGAUAAUAAAUGUAUGUAUGAAUUGUUUAAAAACAAGUUGAGCGAUAUUAAUCAAAAGUACAUGUCAUACUUUGACGAAAACAAUAAAAAYGAACCAAACACUACCGUUGGAUCAACAGUUAAAUCGAAAAAGACAUCACRGUUCUGA